CCAUCUAUAUGGAUAUUGCAGUUUCAGUUAUGCAAUGGUGUUGUGGUAAGCCUUUGGCUUGGGCAUGGGAUGAGGUGAAAAAACAGUGUCUUUACUGUAUAAAAUAUAAAGAAAAUGCAGAGGUUUUUGAGAGUGAGGCCACAGAAUUCCUAGAAAAAGUUCAACGCCUCGAAGAGGCCGUCCAAAGAAGUGGACGACACAGCAUCAGGGAAGAGCUUCAGAGACAGCUUGAUAAAUCCACAGAUGUCAAGAAUAAGGUGAAUGUUCUAACAAGCGAUAAGGAGACAGCAACAAGUACUGGUUGCAUCUCCAACUAUAAGCUUAGUAAAAGAAUUGUUAAGCUGAGAAAAGCUAUGAUGCAGCUGCUACAAGAUCCGGAAUUCAUUUCAUUAGUAUCUCUGCAACCCAAAGCAAUUAGGCCGCGCUCUCGUGCUGAACGGCCUGAUGAUUUUCUUUAUUUCCCCUCAAGAAAGCCAACCAUGGAUGAGAUCAUGAAUGCCCUGAAAGAUGAGGGGCGUAGCACUGUACGAGUAUAUGGCAUGGGAGGUGUGGGUAAAACCUACAUGGUAAAAGCAUUGGCAAGUCGAGCUUUGAAGGAAAAAAAAUUCGAUCAGGUUGUGGUAUCAGUCGUCUCGCAAACUGUUGAUUUGAGGAAAAUUCAAGGGGACAUUGCUCAUGGCUUGGGGGAGGAACUUACCUCCACUGAAGUGCAAGAUCGUGCGGAAGACCUUAGGAACAUUUUGAAUGACCACGGUAACAUCCUGUUGAUCUUGGAUGACUUGUGGGAGACAAUAAACCUAUCAACCAUUGGGAUACCACAAUAUUCCGAGAGCUGCAAAUGCAAGAUCUUAAUCACUACAAGGCAGAUGAAUGUGUGUGACGAUCUCGAUAGGCAGUACUCCGCCAUCCAAAUCAAAGUCCUUUCAGGCGAUGAUCCUUGGACAUUGUUCACUCAAAAAGCUGGAGAUAAUCUGAAGGUUCCGCCUGGUUUUGAAGAGAUAGGGAAGAAAAUUGUUGAGGAAUGCAGGGGAUUGCCAAUAGCACUUUCAACUAUUGGAAGUGCACUGUACAAGAAGGACUUGACAUAUUGGGAAACGGCAGCUACACGUCUCCAGAGUUCUAAAACUGCAUCCAUUAAAGAAGAUGAUCUCAAUUCUGUCAUCAGAAAAUGCAUAGAACUGAGCUACAGUUUCUUGCCAAAUGAUACGUGCAAGCGGGUUUUCCAGAUGUGCUCCUUCUUUCCUGAAGAUUAUAAUAUCCCCAAGGAAACCUUGACAAGGUAUGGCAUGGGACUGGCCUUAAUCCCAAACAUUGAGAGAGUCAAAGAAGCAAGAGGUGAUAUUCAUCAAACAGUUGAAGAACUCAAAGCUGCUUCUUUGCUCUUAGAUGGCGAUAAGGAGGAGACUGUCAAAAUGCACGAUGUUAUACGUGAUAUUUCAAUACAAAUAGGAUACAACCAGCAGCAACACAAGAGCAUUGUUAAAACAAGCAUGAAAUUGGAGAACUGGCCAGGGGAAAUCUUAAACAACUCAUGUGGAGCAAUCUCACUCAUAUCGAAUCAUCUUAAAACACUACCUGAUAGAGUAGACUGCCCUGCAACAGAGAUUCUAUUGCUUCAGGAUAACAAGAACUUAAAGCUAGUUCCAGAUGAAUUCUUCCAAGGUAUGAGAGCUCUAAAAGUCUUGGAUUUUGCUAGUGCAAGAAUCAAGUCCUUACCCUCCUCAACUCAGCAGCUGUCGCUUCUUCGCUUGCUCUCUUUGGAUAAUUGCAGAUUCCUAAAAGAUGUAUCUAUGAUUGGAGAACUUAACAGGCUUGAAAUUUUGACUCUAAGAAUGUCGGGGAUCACAUCACUGCCUGAAAGUUUUGCAAACUUGAAAGAGCUACGGAUUCUAGAUAUUACAUUAUCUGUUCAAUGUGAAAAUGUUCCACCAGGAGUAAUAUCUAGCAUGGAUAAGUUAGAAGAGUUAUACAUGCAAGGCUGCUUUGCAGAUUGGGAAAUUACAAAUGAAAACAGGAAAGCUAACUUCCAAGAGAUAUUGACCUUGGGUAGCUUGACAAUCUUGAAAGUAGAUAUCAAGAAUGUUUGUUGUCUACCUCCUGAUAGUGUUGCUCCUAAUUGGGAGAAAUUUGAUAUAUGUGUUAGUGCUUCAGACCAACGCAGGUUGGCCAACGCACCACAAGAGGCCUCAUUUACUAGAGGGUUGGCCACUGGCGUGAAGUUGGAAGCAUUUCCAGAAUGGUUUAGGCAGGCAGUAGCACACAAAGUAGAGAAGCUGAGCUACCAAUUAUGUGGGAAUUUGAGCAAUAUUCUACAAGAAUACCACCAUGGAAAUUUUGAUGGAGUGAAAUCUCUUUAUGUAGACCAGUGCGCUGACAUUGCCCAAUUGAUAAAGUUGGGAAAUGAAUUACCAAAUCAAUCAGUGUUCCCUCAACUAGAGAAGCUGAACAUUCACCACAUGCAAAAAACGGAAGGCAUCUGUGUCGAGGAGUUACUACCUGGAUCUUUACAAAAAAUCAGGACUCUGGAGGUCGGAGAGUGUCCUAAUUUGAAAGAUUCACUCCUUCCUCCUAAUUUAAUUCAAAGAAUGCCAAAUCUUGAAGAAAUUAAGGUAACAGGAACCUCAAUCAAUUCUGUGUUUGGAUUUGACGGCAUCACAUUCCAAGGUGGCCAAUUAAGGAAGUUGAAGAGAUUGACACUGCAAAAUCUUUCUCAACUAACUAGCCUAUGGAAGGGUCCUAGUGAAUUAGUUAUGUUCCACAGGCUAGAAGUUGUUAAAGUGUCACAGUGUGAAAACCUCAGGUUUAUAUUCCCUUACACCGUUUGUGAUUACCUUUGUCAUUUACAAGUACUAUGGCUAGAAGAUUGCAGUGGUUUGGAGAAAGUGAUAGGUGGUCACACAGAUGAAAAUGGAGUUCAUGAAGUACCAGAAAGCAUAACUCUCCCAAGACUAACUACUUUGAGGCUUCAACGUCUACCAAAUCUCACUGAUUUUUACGCUCAAGAAGCAUAUUUACAUUGCCCUGAAUUGCAAAGACUGCAUAAGCAGGAUUGCAAAAGAUUGAGAACUAACCUCUCUGAUUACCAUAGUGAUCAGGAAAUCCAAGAAAAGAGCAGCUGAAUCGUCAAGAGAUUUUCAUACUUUUAUAUAGUUUUGUAUACUGUUUUUUACUUUAUUUUUUCCUUAAAUUAAAUUUAGUGU